AGUGUUUGUUGUUUUCGGACAACAAAGACGCGUACGAGCGGCGUAAUUCAUUUUCGUUUUGGUGCUCAGACCCUGUCUGUGUGUUUUUGGGUAUAGGUAAACAAUAUAGCAAGUGUUAGACGAUUAAAAAGCCUCCUCACGUUUACGAUAAACAAAAUACGUAUAAACAAUGGCUUCGCAUUUCUUUCGCACUGCAUUUUACGCAACUGCAGCGAAAAAAUCAAUAAAUCUACCGUUUGCCGCCGGCCGCACGGCCGCAACACUUGCCGUGGGCCUCUCCUUUGGUGCACAGAAUAAUCGUGCCGCCGCCGUACCAUAUGAUAACGUCUAUGUGGAUAGAUUCUUUAGCGGCUCCGGCGCCGUCCCGAUCGCCGCCGGCAAGGACAAUGGUCUAUUACAGGGGCCGCUGGCUGAGUACCGGGGAAUGCAACGGCCGCUGGCUCGCAAUUUCUCAAGCCUGCAAACGCAACUGGUGGGUCAUAGCGCAAUGGCACCGUUGAAGAAUCGGCGGUAUUUAUCCUCGAAGGAUAUUACCAAAAAUAUGACGCUCUAUACGAACAACAAGGCGAACAUCGAAGUGGAUCCCAAAACGCUGGCCUUUAAGAAGCCCUCGGGCAAUCCGCUGGUCCUGAUGAUGGCCUGGCUAAUGGCCAAACAGAAGCACCUGAAAAAGUAUGCGCAAAUCUAUACGGAAAUGGGCUUCGACGUUAUGGUGGUGCACAUUACACCCUGGCAGCUGCUCUGGCCGGCCAAGGGUACACAGAUGGUCGCAGCCGAGACUUUGAAAUUUCUGGAGAACAACAAAUCGUACGCACCGAUCGUGAUGCAUGGCUUCUCGGUGGGCGCAUAUCAGAUGGGCGAAAUAAUGUUGCAAAUGUCGCGUGAUAUGGAUCGGUAUGGCAGCAUAUUGGAUCGUUUCGUUUGCCAAAUCUGGGACAGUGCCGCAGAUAUAACCGAAAUCCCAGUUGGCUUGCCGAAAUCGAUUUUCCCAAAGAACGAGCGCAUGCAGAGCGCCCUGCGCAACUAUACGCUCUACCAUUUAAGGACAUUCCACAAUCAGGCCACCAUACAUUAUAUGCGUUCCAGCCAGAUGUUCCACUCGACGCUGCUCAAGGCACCGGCGCUUUUCUUUGUAUCCGAGAACGAUCCGAUUGGGCCGCCCUCUUCCAAUCAGGCUGUGCGCGAGAACUGGGAGCGCGCCAACAUAAAGGUGACGUUCAAGUGCUGGCCGCGCUCACAGCAUGCCGCCCAUUUGAUCAAACAUCGUGAGGAGUACUUGGAGACGCUGUUCCAGCACUUGGAGAGCUGCGGUGUCCUUGAGGCUGUUGGCGUGCCCAAGCGCGCCAAAUUGUAAAAGCUCUCCGCUCAAUUUGGGUGAUACAAAAAAAAUUGCGACGAUUUCACGAUUUUUGAUAGUUGAUAAGAAUUAAAGUUUAACCAUUUUGUUCCCUAUUUGUAUUAUGUGUGUGUGUGCCAGAAUCAUCAAAAAUUUUACCAAAAUCUGCAUGCAAGCAAUAUUUUAAGAAUUUUAAGCGAUAAAAUGUUUCGUCUCGUCCCUGAAGCAAAUGCUCGACAACAGUAAAGCAAACGAUAUUUUUCUGUA